AUGCUGAGCGUCCUCGAAGAGCGUGGCUUUGUGAAGGAUGUUGCGGGUGAACGGAAGACACUCGACUGGGUACUCACAGAGAAACCCAUAGGCGCAUAUGUCGGUGUAGACCCUACCGCCCCAUCACUCCAUGUCGGCCACCUCCUUCCGUUCAUGGCACUAUUCUGGAUGUACCUCCACGGCUACAACACCUUCAGCUUGCUUGGAGGAGGUACAGCUACCAUUGGGGAUCCAUCUGGAAGGACAACCGCCCGUUCGAGCCAGGCGGCCAAUAUACAGCGCCACAACAGCAAGAAUAUGCAUAUUCAGCUCCGUAAUCUGUGGACCAACGUGAAGUGUCUGGGCAUCAAACACCAGUACUCCAACGCGAUCAGCUGGAAGAAAGAGCCCUUGAACAAUGAGACUUGGUUGCAGCAGCUUAGUGCCAUCGACCUCAUGAGGGGUCUUGGCUCGGGCAUGCGGUUAGGCGCAAUGCUUGCUCGCGACUCCGUCAAGGUACGCAUGGAGAACGGCGAAGGCAUGGCCAUGUCCGAGUUCAGCUAUCCUCUGUUCCAAGCCUACGACUGGUGGCAUAUGUACCAGCGGAAUGGCGUCCAGCUUCAGAUUGGCGGCUCCGACCAAUACGGCAACAUUUGCGCUGGAAUGGAUGCUAUCAGCUAUAUGCGAAGGGCAGGAGACCACCAUUCGAAUUCGGAGCUGGACGAAAACCCGCUGCGCGCAACGUAUGGCCUCACAACACCUCUACUGACUACCGCGAGUGGAGAAAAGUUCGGCAAGAGCGCUGGAAAUGCGGUUUGGCUCGAUCCGAAAAUGUUGAGUUCUUUCGACCUGUAUCAGUACUUCGUCAAGACAGCCGACAACGAUGUGGAGCGUUACCUGAAACUCUUCACGUUCCUUCCUAUCAACCAAAUCAACCUUCUGAUGGCGCAACAGAGAAAAGACGAAUCGAAACGACUAGCGCAACACAUCCUAGCCAAGGAGAUUGUUGAACUCGCCCACGGUGCCAAGUCUGCGAAGAUGGCAGAAGAAGCGCAUAAGGAAGCCUUCAGUCACGGCACAAACACAUUCUCCCUGGGUGCCUUGAGAAAUUCCAUGUCCAACAUCAAACCCGCCAAUGCUCCAAACCCUGAGCAUCUGAGCAAGAGUGAACAGGCUGAAUUGGCUCAUAAAGAGUCUCUCGGCCUUUCAGCCAAUGCACAAGAGUCCGGAACGACGUCCGCGCUAUCAAAGCAGAAAAUCGUUACGUUGCCCAAGACGCUGCUUCAGCCCGGCUCAUUCCCGCGCAUCCUUUGUGCUGCAGGCCUAGCGUCAUCAAGGAGCGAGGCGCAUCGCCUGAUAGCCUGCAAAGGUGCCUACGUUGUCGUACCGAACUCAGGGUCCCCCGAGACACCAACAGCGCUGCAAUGGAUCAACAUCGAAGCUGGCGCGACUGUUAACCCCAGCCAUUACUUAGUGGACUGGGACGCACUCGUUCUACGAUCCGGCAAGUCUAAGAUUCAAAUAUGCCACAUCGUUACUGAGGAGCAGUUCGAGGCUGAAGGCCUGACUUGUCACGGGUGGGAAGAGUUCAAGGCGAAGAGAGAGAAGGACGAGAGCAAGGCACGCAUACAAACGGAAUGAACCCGCUUUAUACCUCUUCAACAUGAAUGGGCCGACUUCAUGGCACAUCUUUUAGGCCUUCUGUACAACAAUGUAACAACGCCAAUGAGCAGACACGCCAUCAUCGCGUGCGCAACUAGACAACCAAGUAAUUUCACUCGGUUCUCCGCUUCCCG